UUAAAUUUGGCUAAAAGGGAGAGACCGAAUAGAGUUAAACUCCAAAAAGAGAAAGGGGUUUAUCAGGGGUUUCAGCUUUUUAAUGCCUUAUUUGCUCCCCUCUAUUAGUCUCUGUGUCUUUCUCUCUCUAUUUUUCAGUCCCCACUUCUCACUUCCAUCUUCAACGCGUCUCUUAAGUCUUAACAUGCACUCACUGACCACCACCAUUUCCAAUCUCCAUUCCCAGCCAUGACCAUGACUCUUCCACUCCAACCACCCGAUUCCCAUUCCCAUACCCGAUCUCAAGCUCAGUCCCAGACCCACCGCCUUUCGACCUGUCACCGCCACCCCGCCAAACCCAUCACCGGCUUCUGCGCCAUAUGCCUCCGGGAGCGACUCGCCGGCAUUGACCCCGACACUCGCCAGGAGACCCCGACCCAGAACAUCUCUUCCAGAUCGGAGCUCCGACGCACCAAAUCUUGCUCCGGUACCAAACCUGACUGCUUCCUUAACCCCUCUUCGGAUCCUCCUCGGCGGAGGUCGUGUGACGUCAGGGCUCGGAAUACCCUAUGGGAGCUCUUCAAUCGCGAUGAUGAGAAAAAGGGUACUGUGAAGAAGUUCGAGGUGGAAUUGGGGAACCUAGGGUUUGAGCUGAAAGAAGUGGAGGAGACUGAGAAUGAGAAUGAGAACGGGAUUGGGAUUAGGGUUUCUGAGGAUGUAAUGCAGGGACGAGAAAAUGAAUAUGAAGAAGAAGAUGAAGUUGAUGGAGAUGUGGAGUUGAAGACAAUGAAGGAGUUUAUAGAUCUUGAAUGGCAAAGGAAGAAGGGCAGUGGUACAGGAAGGGAUUUUAAAGACAUUGCAGGGACAUUUUGGGAAGCCGCGUCUGUUUUCAGCAAGAAAUUGAGGAAAUGGCGGCGAAAACCCAAGACCAAGAAGCUCGCCGUUGCCGUCGACGACGGUAGCGGUGGUGGUGGUGGAGUUUUGGUCGUCGAGAAGCCCAGUGCGAGGCGUUUGAGGGAGACCCAGUCGGAGGUCGGAGAGUACGGAAUGGGCCGAAGAUCCUGCGACACAGAUCCCAGGUUGUCGAUCGACGCCGGUCGGAUGUCGCUGGACGAUUCCCGGUACUCAUUCGACGAGCCGAGAGCUUCUUGGGAUGGGUAUUUGAUCGGAAGGGUCUACCCUCGGCUAAAUCCGAUGGUUUCUCUCGUAGAAGAUGCGAAGCUCUCCGGCAGUGAAUCGGAGAACUGGGUUUCCGACGGCGAGAGAAGUCCCGGCGACAGUUCAGCUCGAACCAAAUCCUACUACUCAGAAUCUCUGCCCUCUCAGAGGAGUAGUACAAGGAGUUUUGAACGUUCUAAUUCUUUGCACACAAGAGGAAUGAUGGCUGAAGUCGAUGACCUGAAAAUGAUAUCAAACGCUAAGGUAUCUCCGGCCACUACGGAAUUGUUCUACGGAGCGAAAGUGCUAAUCACAGAGACCGAUUUAAAGGAUUCCAAGUUGAAAUCUGAGAAAGAUGAGAAUUUGGAGAGUGUUGAAUCUGGUUCAAAGGAUUCUGGUUCCACUGACCCAACAGUUGGGGUUAAUCAGAAGGAGUUGAAGAAGUCACAGAGAUGGCACAAGAAGUGGAAUAAUAUAUGGGGUUUGAUACAGAGGCGAAGCGAGCCAAAAUGUGUAGGUGAAGAAAGGGUCACUGAAGGAAAUGUAUCUGAUCAGUCGGUUUCCGAGUCCUGGAAAAAUCCGAGGACAUUAGGCAGUGUAGAAGCAAAUGGGUCAGUUGGUCAGAAGCUUAUCAGGAGCUACAGUAUGAGGUGUAGAAACCGUUGUAAAAUGGCUGGAAUGUUGAGUAGCAAUUCAAGUGGAGUUGAAAAUAGAGGCAGUAGUUUGAAGAGAAGAGAAGAGCUUAUGCUGCAGCGCAAUCGGAGUGCCGGAUAUUCGCCAAACAAUCUUGAUAAUGGCCUGUUGAGAUUCUACUUGACGCCAUUGAGGAGCUAUAGAAGAAGCAAAUCAGCAAAGAGCAGGCUAAAGAACUCGCUUUCUGUGGUCAAGAGUGGUCUUGUAAAUUAAGGUUCAUCACUUUGAAAUUAUCUUUGUUGUAAAGACAUAAAAUGUGCUUGUCAUGAAAAGCAUUAUUAUAUUCUUA